UCUCGUGUGUUGUGAAGAAUCUCUCGAGCGAAACGCCCUCUAUUUAAUGACCGACUCCCACUGAGCGAGAGCGACGAUGAGAUCCAAACUCCUAUUUAGUUUAUCAUUUAAAUCAGAUUAAAAAUCAACAGAAUCGUUCUCUGCUCCUUGAUCGGAUCUGAUACGCUUUUUCUCUUCAUUCCAUUCUCCUAAGAGGCCAUGUCGAGGAGGCCGGGAAAUACAGCUAGACGUUUGUCGGAUGGUGGUGGAAGUUUUCCAUUUGGGGGAUCGACGCAUAAGAAGUCGCAGACUUCACCUUUUCUUUCUGUCGGAUUAGUUAUUUUGGGGGCUUUUCUUCUUAUUGGAUAUUCGUACAAGGGCUCAGGUGGGUUUCCUAUCAAAAAGGAUGUUUCCCUUAAUGAUGGAGGUGCUUCAUGUACAUUAGAAGUUCAACGGGCAAUACCUGUACUAAAAAAAGCAUAUGGUGCUAGCAUGAACAAAGUUUUGCAUGUAGGCCCUGAGACUUGUUCUGUGGUUUCCAAUAUGUUGAAAGAAGAUGUCUCUGAAGUUUGGGGUGUUGAGCCAUACGACUUGGAUGAUCCUGACAGUGAAUGCAGGAGCCUUGUGCGCAAGGGAUUCGUGCGUGCGGCAGAUAUCAAAUUUCCUUUGCCUUACCAACCAAAGUCAUUCUCUCUUGUCAUAGUUUCAGAUGCACUGGAUUACUUAUCUCCAAAAUAUGUCAACAAGACUCUUUUAGAACUGACAAGGGUAUCCAAGGAUGGCUUAGUGGUUUUCACUGGUUUUCCAGGUCACCAGAGGAUGAAGGUGACCAAGCAGUCGAAAUUUGGGAGAAUGGCCAAACUCCGGAGUCCAUCAUGGUGGCAGAAAUAUUUUCUUCAGACGAACUUGGAGGAAGAUGAAGCUGCGACAAAGAAGUUUGAGCAGGCCAGCAGCAAGAACUCAUAUUCACCAAGCUGUCAGAUCUUUCAUCUAAGCACCUAGAUGUUUCUAUCAAUAUCUACAUAGCUCUUAAGGUUUCAGAUAAAGUCUUACACUGGUCAACAACAAUCCAGAAACCCUAAUUGGUGUAACUUGGCUGAGAUAGAAAUUUUUUGUUUUUCUUUUUCAAUUUUGAUAUAUGGAAAGCUUUGUUUUAUAGUAUCUUUUUUUAUUAAGCAAACAGAUUGCAUUAUUUAUCAGCUUUUAAUGGAA